CUUGACCUUACUUUCUCCAUGGCCUGCUCAACGACGGGCGUUGUCGCCGUCCUCGUGAUGGCAGCGGCGCUAAUCUUCUCGACGCUGUCCCUUCUUGCUCCAAAUUGGUCCAUGAGCGAGUCUCCAAUGUACCCACUGACUGACGUCAAGUUCUCGACGGGUGUCUGGGGAUACUGUGUGAAUGCCGAGUACAAUACUGGAUCGAACUUGUCGAGCCACGCCGUCGACACGUGCUUCUCCUUUUACUCUGCAGGUCGCAUUGCGCUCAACAGAACAAUGAAUUCCCCGCAUAUUCGCCGGCACAGUGACACCGCUGCUCGACAGUCCGUGUGCGAUGUAUUGCGAUCGUCCACUGAUCCAGUCGAUGAAAACCUCACCUCCUUCGUGUCCGUAACUGGUAUCGACGCUGCAGCAUUCCGCUCGUUCCUUGUGUUGUCAUGCGGCAGCGUUGGGAAGAGUUCGCUAGCGCUGUCACUAAUGUCUGUCUUCUUCGGCAUCGUGGCGUUGUUCGGGUCGAUUGGGCUCGUGGUGUGCUGCCCGCUCAAGUCGUGUCUGGUCAGUUUUACCAAAGCAGCUUCGCUGGGCGCGUCGUUGUGCAGUUUAGUUGCAUUCUCGUGCUGGCUUGCUCAAGCGAGUCCUCUGAACAAGGUCGGCGUGCACCCAGGAAGCUGCUUCGUCGUCGAGAUCCUUGCGUGCGUGACAUUUCUCGGCGCGAACGUGGCCCUGAACCACCACGCAAUAAGCCAUAGCUUGGUGCCCAAGUCAGUCGAGUGAUGUUGCCAUUUUUAUCUCAUGUGUUUUUCCCAUUCGGCUCAAAUUCCACUCAGUAGUGAUACGCCAUUCACUUGAUCGCUUGAUACCACAAAACUGCCCCAUCUACUGGCUAUCGUCGUCAGCAUCGCCGGACAACGGACCGGCUGGAACGUUGACUUCGUCCACAACAUCAUGCACCUUUGCCGUCGUCGAUCGAGUCAUGUACAAUCGUGUCGUGUUGAAAAGCGCCGACAUCGGCAAUUGGGUCGAUUUAAACCUCGAAGCCGUCCAUCUCACUACUGUCGGUUGGGUCCACACCGUCGGGAAAAGGAUCGACUUGAACGUCGCCAUCUUUUCCAACUAGGACUUGCUUCUCAUCGUCGUCUUCAUUGUCGAAUGUUGGGUCCCCUUGAAAGCCGUCAUCAACGAUGGCAUCAAUCUCUGCAUCGCCAUCCAUGGGCUCAAACUCCGAGGUAACUACUUGAUCAGUCUGGGCCGUCGGGGUGCUCUCAAGUACAGCGCCACUGUUGAAGAGAUCGUCUUCCUCGU